AUGCUGGACAUGCUGCCUCCGCAGUGGCGCGACCCGAUGCAGUGGGUCUUUGUGUGCGCGGCGUCGUUCGUGCGCGCCAUCAGCUGCUUCAUGCGCUACGCGGGGGUCGUCUGCGUCGCUGUCGGCAUGGCGCUGAUUUUCCUGGUCGGGGGCGUGUUCAUGCACGCAAUCAUCCCCAUUUUGACGGAGACGACGCUGCAGUUGGUAUGCCACUUGGCGGUGGCGAUGGUGCUGCUCUUUAACAUCUACUUUAACUACGCGCUGUGUAUCGCCACGGACCCGGGGGUUAUUACGGCCAAGUGGAAGGACGAGGCGGAUUUCUGGGACGAAAGCGCCGAGACGGAGCUGCUUCCGAGGAUCCGACCGAGUGUGUUGACUCCUGACGGCAAGAAAGGAGGGGGUCGGGUGCAGUUGCCGCGGGUGCAGCUUGUGGACCCGCAGAGUGUCGCAAGACAGAGAGGCCGCUACCCGAACGCUGGGGAUGGAAUCACCUUCUGCAGGAGGUGUCGCCAUUUUCGACCGCCUCGAGCUCACCACUGUUCGGUGUGCGACCGGUGCAUCGCUCACUUGGACCACCACUGCCCGUGGGUCAACAACUGCAUCGGACGCGACAACUACCGGUAUUUCUUCACCUUUCUGGUGUGGCUGGCGGUGGGAUGCUACUACGCAGCCUACAUGAGCUACAGGGCGGCCUACACGGACCUGAGCCGCGAACAAUAUGCCAAGAUGCUCGUGCUCGCUCAAGUGAAUUCUCUUCACAUUUCGGCCUCAAACACGCUUCAGUUCGCCUUCGCGAUGUCUGGCGCCGCAGGCUUGGCUGUGAGCAUCCUCGCAACGUGGCACAUCUAUCUCAUUGCUACAGCACAGACCUCGGUGGAGUUGCAGAUCAAUCGCCACCCGCGCAAUCGCCGCCUCCAUGGCGGAAAAGGGGUCAGCCCGUAUACAACUGGCAGCAUACACGGCAAUUGGGAGCUAGUCUUCGGCCGGUGCAACUACAAGCUUAUGUCGCUCAUGCCGAGCACGCGCCUUCCGCCGAACCCGCGAACUCUCAACAAGAGGAAGCAGCGCGCCGCUGGCAGGGUAAAACCCGCUAUCACCGCAGGAUCUCGUUCUCCUGACGCCACGGUAUAA